ACAUACAAUCCUGGUGAAAACAGGAGGUGAAUUUGAAGGUGAAGGGGAAUUCUCUUCUCUCCUUCACUAUGGCUUUUUUACGCACUGAGCGUAGGCCCAUACAAAACUUUCUUGUAGCCUUAAUCCUGCUUCCCAGAACCACCCACCCACAAUCGAUCUAUCAUCACUUUAACGCUUUCUUGUAUACAUCAUGUUCACAUUCUCCGAACUCACCCGCAUUGAGAAGCGCGACAUGAUUCGCGGCGAGCGCUUCGACGGUGUGCAAGUCACCAUAACACCCAGGAGCGUACGCGACCUCCUCGACACGCUCGACAGCAUCUCUAACAACAAAUUGGGCACUACACACACCGCAGCCGCCUCCCUCGCGCUCAUCGAAGAGAACUGGGGCGUCGACAUGACCUCCUUCCCCCCUCCCCCUCCCAUGUACGGCGGGCGUACAUUCCGUCCGGAUGGCGACGCGGGCCAUGGCGAAUGCAUGGGCGGCCAGAUCAAUUCGGCGGUAGGAUUGAGAAACAUCAACAAGUGGUUCAAGAAGAACCUUGACUUGGUGACUGCGGUCGAUUUGGUGAGGGUGAUUCGCGACCAGCUGCAUCCUCUUGAGAUGAACGAAGAAGAUGUCUUGGCGACAAGGAAGCGCAAGACCGAGUACAACCGCCGCAAGUCUGAGCGGGAGAACACCAAGGCCACCGAGCAGGCCAUAGACACCGAAAUGCCGGUUGGGGGUGAGGUGAUGGAGAGGGUUGAGAAGCGGAUGAGAAAGACAAGGCUUCCUGAGAAGGUCGAGUCUGACUCCGAGGAGGAGAUGUUGGCUCCUGGAGAGCGCAUGGAGUAG